CGAACAUGUAUGCCACUAUUGGAAUAUAAGAGGAUUGAUCAUGGAACAGUGAAUUGAGGACACAGGCUACAUUCACAGGUAAUAAUAUUGGACUUCAUCCAAGUGGAUGCUUAAGAGACUAUAUAAAAAUAUGUACUGUACUGAAAUGUCUGUGGUAUAAAGAUACAGAAAUGUGGAAAUACGGGAGGGACCAAGAAAGGACAAUGAUGAGCUUUGGAAUAAAGUUAUUGCAAGUUGGUGCAUUCGGAAAGUAUUCAGACCCCUUCCCUUUUUCCACAUUUUGUUACAUUACAGCCUUAUUCUAAAAUUGAUUUUUUAAAAUAUUUUUCUCAAUCUACACACAAUACCCCAUAAUGACAAAGGGAAAACUGGUUUUUAGACAUUUUAGCAAAUGUAUUACAAAUUAAAACAAAUCCCGUAUUUACUUAAAUAUUCAGACCCUUUGCUAUGAGACUCGAAAUUGAGCUCAGGCGCAUCCUGUUUCCAUUGAUCAUCCUUGAGAUGUUUCUACAACUUGAUUUGAGUCCACCUGUGGUAAAUUCUAUUGAUUAGACAUGAUUUGGAAGGCACACACCUGUCUAUAUAAGAUCCCACAGUUGACUGCAUGUCAGAGCAUAAACCAAGCCAUGAGGUGGAAGGAGUUGUCUAGAGCUCCGAGACAGGAUUGUGUCGAGGCACAGAUCUGGGGAAGGGUACAAAAAAAUGUCACACAGUGGCCUCCAUCAUUCUUAAAUAGAAGAAGUUUGGAACCACCAAGACUCUUCCUAGAGCUGGCCGCCCGGCCAAACUGAGCAAUCGGGAGAGAAGGGCCUUGGUCAGGGAUGUGACCAAGAACCCGAUAGUCACUUUGACAGAGCUCCAGAGUUCCUCUGUGGAGAUGGGAGAACCUUCCAGAAGGACAACCAUCUCUGCAGCACUCCACCAAUCAGGCCUUUAUGGUAGAGUGGCCAGACGGAAGCCACUCCUCAGUAAAAGGACAUGACAGCACACUUGGAAUUUGCCAAAAGGCACCUAAAGACUCUCAGACCAUGAGAAACAAGAUUCUAUGGUCUGAUGAAACCAAGAUUGAACUCUUUGGCCUGAAUGCCAAGCGUCAAAGAUUGAACGGAGCAAAGUACAGAGAGAUCCUUGAUGAAAACCUUUUCCAGAGCGCUCAGGAGUUUUUUUUUAUACAUUAGAAAAAAUGUCUAAACCUGUUUUUGCUUUGUCAUUAUGGGGUAUUGUGUGUAGAUUGGAAUUAUGGAAGAAAAAAACGAUUUAAUCAAUUUUAGAAUAAGGCUGUAACAAUGUGGAAAAAUUCAAGGGGUCUGGACACUUUCCGAAUGCACUGUUUAUUGCAGUCUGAAUUUGUUUAGCUUCAUAACAGAAUCAACAUUGCAUUUAUUACUGAUAUCUCCAUUAGUAAAUAUUGAUUUUGUGACCACAUACUUUUUAGCCAGUAGGGAAAUGGUUUUUAUUGUCACCUGGAAGGUAGUAAAUGUGUUAUGAACUAGUUGAUAUAUAACUGUGGUGGUACCUGGCAAGGUGAACUGGGACUAAGCCUACCUUUUAGAUCAGUGUUACAUACAUCUCUUAUUUUACUAUACUGGCUAAGGACCCAUUUUAAAGGAGGAAGACUGCUGUUCAACUGUCAGCUGCUGACUGAAUAGAACACUGAGGUAUGUCUGCUGCUGACUGAAUAGAACACUGAGGUAUGUCAGCUGCUGACUGAAUAGAACACUGAGGUAUGUCAGCUGCUGACUGAAUAGAACACUGAGGUAUGUCUGCUGCUGACUGAAUAGAACACUGAGGUAUGUAUGCUGCUGACUGAAUAGAACACUGAGGUAUGUCAGCUGCUGACUGAAUAGAACACUGAGGUAUGUCAGCUGCUGACUGAAUAGAACACUGAGGUAUGUCAGCUGCUGACUGAAUAGAACACUGAGGUAUGUCAGCUGCUGACUGAAUAGAACACUGAGGUAUGUCAGCUGCUGACUGAAUAGAACACUGAGGUAUGUCAGCUGCUGACUGAAUAGAACACUGAGGUAUGUCUGCUGCUGACUGAAUAGAACACUGAGGUAUGUCUGCUGCUGACUGAAUAGAACACUGAGGUAUGUCAGCUGCUGACUGAAUAGAACACUGAGGUAUGUCAGCUGCUGACUGAAUAGAACACUGAGGUAUGUCAGCUGCUGACUGAAUAGAACACUGAGGUAUGUCAGCUGCUGACUGAAUAGAACACUGAGGUAUGUCAGCUGCUGACUGAAUAGAACACUGAGGUAUGUCAGCUGAUGGCUGAAUAGAACACUGAGGUAUGUCAGCUGCUGACUGAAUAGAACACUGAGGUAUGUCUGCUGCUGACUGAAUAGAACACUGAGGUAUGUCAGCUGAUGGCUGAAUAGAACACUGAGGUAUGUCUGCUGCUGACUGAAUAGAACACUGAGCAGUGGCGGCUCCUGAAAAAAUUCUCAGGAGGGGCAAUUUUUCUGAUGAUUUAGGUGACCUACACACAUUUUAAAAAAGAUAUGUCCAGCAACAACAUGAAGACAGGGGCAGCAUAUAAGUCAAUACCAGAAGCAUUUAUUGACUGAUCUGGGGAGAUGGAUUCCAGUUUCUGUGACAGAUUAUAAAUAAUCUCUGAUGCCUUUGUUAUAUUAGCUUUUGGUUGAAUGUACUGUCGUAGUAAAUAUAUAAUGUUAUAGCUUGGUCUGACUAAAAUCUUGUGCAUGACCCAUUUUGUGUUGGGCGUUUGUUUCUGUUCCUAUCCUAUAACAAUGGACAAAAGAGUCCUAUCUUGUCAGCCUUGUCAGCAGGUGGCCAAGGAGUGGUGAUCCUAGCUGACCUAAGACAGGACACUUUUACUUUACUCGCGUGCACGAACGAGUCCGUGCACGCGAUUCCAGAUAUCUUUACCUCUGAAUAAACUGCCUUUAUUAUACCAUAUCCACCCUGUCCAAAGUCUCUACUUGGUCUCAGUUCUCCAGUAAACUUGUGAUUAUCAACAGUACACAACGGUAACAAACAAUUGGGGGAACUCACGGGGCAGAUAGUAACCACUUAAAAGGAAGCGAUUCCCAAACCUUCCAUAACAAAGCCAUCACCUACAGAGAGAUGAACUUGGAGAAGAGUCCCCUAAGUAAGCUUGUCCUGGGCCUCUGUUCACAAACACAAACAGACCCCACACAGCCCCAGGACAACAACAACAACAACAACAACAACAACACAAUUAGACCCAACCAAAUCAUGAGAAAACAAAAAGAGAAUUACUUGACACAUUGGAAAGAACAAACAAAAAAACAGAGCAAACUAGAAUGCUAUUUGGCCCUAAACAGAGAGUACACAGUGGCAGAAUACCUGACCACUGUGACUGACCCAAACUUAAGGAAAGCUUUGACUAUGUACAGACUCAGUGACCAUAGCCUUGCUAUUGAGAAAGGCCGCCGUAGGCAGACCUGGCUCUCAAGAGAAGACAGGCUAUGUGCACACUGCCCACAAAAUGAGGUGGAAACUGAGCUGCACUUCCUAACCUCCUGCCAAAUGUAUGACCAUAUUAGAGACACAUAUUUCCCUCAGAUUACAGCGAUCCACAAAGAAUUCGAAAACAAACCCAAUUUUGAUAAACUCCCUUAUCUACUGGGUGAAAAACCACAGUGUGCCAUCACAGCUGCAAGAUUUGUGACCUGUUGCCACAAGAAAAGGGCAACCAGUGAAGAACAAACACCAUUGUAAAUACAACCCAUAUUUAUGUUUAUUUAUUUUCCCAUUUGUACUUUAACUAUUUGCACAUUGUAACAACACUGUAUAUAUACAUAAUAUGACAUUUGAAAUGUCUUUAUUCUUUUGAAACUUCUGAGUGUAAUGUUUACUGUUAAUAUUUAUUGUUUAUUUCACUUUUGUUUACUAUCUACUUCCCUUGCUUUGGCAAUGUUAACACACGUUUCCCAUGCCAAUAAAGCCCUUAAAUUGAAUUGAAUUGAUAGUAAGGUCGCAAUGACACAGAAAGCAGUUCAAUGUCGGGGUACAGAGUCGCUCUCUUACCAGGAUCGCGGUCCGCUCUGACCAGGGUGAAGGUGGCCGGCUCCACUUCUCUGUCCGGGACUCUGUCAUCCAGCCAAGUCUCCCAGCUGUAUUGGGAUUCCGCUGCCAGCAGCGUUUUCAUUAUUUAGUCCGUUCGUAGCGGGUAUGUACACGAUCAACAAGAUCAGUCCAAAACCGAAAGAUCAGUUCAAAGCAGAAUGUUUGCAGAAUGUUUGUAAACUAAGUCUACAAAUUAAAAACAUAAAAUAACGCCACACUGCAGGUCACAACAGAGACGCUGCUAGCCGCCAUUGUCUUAGUUACGUUCAUGGUUACGUCACGUAUGACGAAAGCGCGUAAGUGCAUGCCCACAGACACCCAUAGAGAAUGUAUUGAAAGCUUUGAAAUUUGAAAAAAAUAGAUUUUACAUGACAGGCUAUGAGAGACUUCUGGGCGAUUUUCAACUUGACUGAAAUCGCCCCAAAAACGGGCGGGGCCAUUUGAAGCACGACUUUAGCCUGAUUUGAUAUUUAGUGGCUGGCAGAUCAGACGUGAACACUGAUAACUACUGUUGCCGUGAUAUAAUUGAUUAGAAAAAAAAUCCCUUCCUUUUCCCGUUUGGCAGUGCGUCGCCCAUAUCGCCCUAUUGAACACACCGCCCAUGACACUGAGGUAUGUUAGCUGCUGACUGAAUAGAACACUGAGGUAUGUCAGCUGCUGACUGAAUAGAACACUGAGGUAUGUCAGCUGCUGACUGAAUAGAACACUGAGGUAUGUCAGCUGCUGACUGAAUAGAACAUUGAGGUAUGUCUGCUGCUGACUGAAUAGAGCACUGAGGUAUGUCAGCUGAUGGCUGAAUAGAACACUGAGGUAUGUCUGCUGCUGACUGAAUAGAACACUGAGGUAUGUCAGCUGCUGACUGAAUAGAACACUGAGGUAUGUCAGCUGAUGGCUGAAUAGAACACUGAGGUAUGUCAGCUGCUGACUGAAUAGAACAUUGAGGUAUGUCAGCUGCUGACUGAAUAGAACAUUGAGGUAUGUCAGCUGCUGACUGAAUAGAACACUGAGGUAUGUCAGCUGCUGACUGAAUAGAACACUGAGGUAUGUCAGCUGCUGACUGAAUAGAACAUUGAGGUAUGUCUGCUGCUGACUGAAUAGAGCACUGAGGUAUGUCAGCUGAUGGCUGAAUAGAACACUGAGGUAUGUCUGCUGCUGACUGAAUAGAACACUGAGGUAUGUCAGCUGCUGACUGAAUAGAACACUGAGGUAUGUCAGCUGAUGGCUGAAUAGAACACUGAGGUAUGUCAGCUGCUGACUGAAUAGAACAUUGAGGUAUGUCAGCUGCUGACUGAAUAGAACAUUGAGGUAUGUCAGCUGCUGACUGAAUAGAACACUGAGGUAUGUCAGCUGAUGGCUGAAUAGAACACUGAGGUAUGUCUGCUGCUGACUGAAUAGAACACUGAGGUAUGUCUGCUGCUGACUGAAUAGAACACUGAGGUAUGUCUGCUGCUGACUGAAUAGAACACUGAGGUAUGUCAGCUGAUGGCUGAAUAGAACACUGAGGUAUGUCUGCUGCUGACUGAAUAGAACACUGAGGUAUGUCAGCUGCUGACUGAAUAGAACACUGAGGUAUGUCAGCUGCUGACUGAAUAGAACACUGAGGUAUGUCAGCUGCUGACUGAAUAGAACACUGAGGUAUGCCAGCUGAUGGCUGAAUAGAACACUGAGGUAUGUCAGCUGCUGACUGAAUAGAACACUGAGGUAUGUCAGCUGCUGACUGAAUAGAACACUGAGGUAUGUCAGCUGCUGACUGAAUAGAACACUGAGGUAUGUCAGCUGCUGACUGAAUAGAACAUUGAGGUAUGUCAGCUGCUGACUGAAUAGAACACUGAGGUAUGUCUGCUGCUGACUGAAUAGAACACUGAGGUAUGUCUGCUGCUGACUGAAUAGAACACUGAGGUAUGUCAGCUGCUGACUGAAUAGAACACUGAGGUAUGUCAGCUGCUGACUGAAUAGAACACUGAGGUUUGUCUGCUGCUGACUGAAUAGAACACUGAGGUAUGUCAGCUGCUGACUGAAUAGAACACUGAGGUAUGUUUUGAGGUCUUGCCAUGCCCUUUUUAUAAGCCUUAUCAGACUAUUUGUAUUGCCGUCGAAAUGUUCCCUGUUCUGCGAUGAGAAUGAUUAGACCUGAAAUAUUACUUUGAUUUCUAGGCCAACUUUCAUUGACAAUCACUUCACAUUUCAAGCAUUAAUUCAUUCAUGAUUUGCUUUCUUGUCGACAUGUUUCUCGGAACUAUUUCACCUUAACCUUAACCAUUCACCUGUUGUAUGGGAUAUAUACUGGUUUGUGAACAGAGGUGAUAGCAAGUGUUUUAUAUUCUAUAUAAAUUGCCAACCACUAGGAAAAAAAUCCUUGGUAGUGAUUAACCAGUGUCUGACUGAUGCAAAGUUUGUGUAACUCAGCUUGUUCGUUCUUGGUUUCCUACACUACCAGUCAAAAGUUUGGACACACCUACUCAUUCAAGGGUUUUUCUUUAUUUUUACUAUUUUCUACAUUGUAGAAUAAUAGUGAAGACAUCACAACUAUGAAAUAACACAUAUGGAAUCAUGUAGUAACCAAAAAAGAGUUAAACAAAUCAAAAUAUGUUAUAUUUGAGAUUCUUCAAAUGGCCACCCUUUGCCUUGAUGACAGCUUUGCACACUCUUGGCAUUCUCUCAACCAGCUUCAUGAGGUAGUCACCUGGAAUGCAUUUCAAUUAACAGGCGUGCCUUCUUAAAAGUUAAUUUGUGGAAUUUCUUUCCUUCUUAAUGCGUUUGAACCAAUCAAGUGCUUUGAUGGAACUGGCUCUCAUGAGGACCGCCACAGGAAUGGAAGACCCAGAGUUACCUCUGCUGCAGAGGAUAAAUUCAUUAGAGUUACCAGCCUCAGAAAUUGCAGCCCAAAUAAAUGCUUCACAGAGUUCAAGUAACAGACAUCUCAACAUCAACUGUUCAGAGGGGACUGUGUGAAUCAGGCCUUCAUGGUCGAAUUGCUGCAAAACAAAACACUAUUAAAGGACACCAAUAAGAAGAAGAGACCUGCUUGGGCCCAGAAACACGAGCAAUGGACAUUAGACCGGGGGGAAAUUGUCCUUUGGUCUGGAGUCAAAAUUUGAGAUUUUUGGUUCCAACCGCCGUGUCUUUAUGAGAUGCGGUGUGGGUGAACGGAUGAUCUCCGCAUGUAUAAAUAUAUCACACCGUAAAGCAUGGAGGAGGUGUGGGGGUGCUUUGCUGGUGACACUGUGUGAUAUAUUUAGAAUUCAAGGCACACUUAACCAGCAUGGCUACCACAGCAUUCUGCAGCCAUACGCCAUCCCAUCUGGUUUGGGCUUAGUGGGACUAUCAUUUGUUUUUCAACAGGACAAUGACCCAACACACCUCCAGGCUGUGUAAGGGCUAUUUUAUCAAGAAGGAGAGUGAUGGAGUGCUGCAUCAGAUGACCUGGCCUCCAUAAUCCCCCGACCUCAACCCAAUUGAGAUGGUUUGGGAUGAGUCGGACAGCAGAGUGAAGGAAAAGCAGCCAACAAGUGCUAAGCAUAUGUGGGAACUCCUUCAAGACUGUUGGAAAAGCAUUCCAGGUGAAGCUGGUUGAGAGAAUGCCAAGCGUGUGCAAAGCUGUCAUCAAGUCAAACGGUGGCUAUUUGAAGAAUCUCAAACAUAAAAUAUGUUUUGAUUUGUUUAACACGUUUUUGGUUACUACAUGAUUCCAUAUGUUUUAUUUCACAGUUUUGAUGUCUUCACUAUUAUUCUACAAUGUAGAAAAUAGUAAAAAAUAAAGAAAAACCCUUGAAUGAGUAGGUGUGUCCAAACUUUUGACUGGUACUGUAAGUCAACUGAAUUGGCACAUUUCCGGAUUCAUAAUAACUGUCUGCUUGUAAGACUGAUUACUCAGUCAGAACUAAAGGUGUGUGAGCUUCUAUAGAACUAGAGUUGAACGAUCAUCCCCAUUCCAAGUCAUCGUUCUGUGAUGCGUGGUAGUUCUAUUUCUUUUAUGGCAGGUUUCCUGUACAUCUCUUUCCUGUCAUGUGAUCAAAGCAGGUCACAGGUCACACGCUGUUUUCGCAAGACCGGCUGAUACACUAUCAUGACCUUUGCCCUUUUUGCAGGUUGGUGACGUCACGAUUCAAAAAUGUUUGGGAACAAUAGCGGGCUGUUUUCCUCUCAACCAAGGUACAGUGCACAUCUGUGUUCUCGUUGUCUUGAUUAUUAAGUGGGUUGCUAAAUCCGGUCAAGGAAAGACAGUAGCGAUAUGAUCAGCCACCUCACAUCAUGGGUGUCCUCUGGAGACUGGCUGUACUAACUACACACUCCCGUUACUAUAUAAACGAUACAUCAUAUUGUGUGGCAAUGCUAAAACUCCCUUAGAGUUAGUUGAUCUGAACAUUGCUAACAUACUGCACUUCAUAAGGUGCUUGUUGAUCUAGUUGUCAGACGACAUACAGUAAUGUUGUAUUGCCUGUAAGUACACAGCAGAGUUAGUAAUGUGUGUGUGUGUGUGUUGUAGAGGGUUCCCUCAGGUGGAUCCUCCCUCUCAGAGGUCCAGUUUGUCCAGGCCCAAUGCCAGAUCCAUAUACAGUGAGUUCAAAGUUCACCUCAAUCAUGCUUACCCAAUGCGGGAAUCAUUUUUGUGUAUUGACUCUUUUCCAUGUUGUCUGUAGCUUGUGAGGUGUGGAAACACUGUUGCUUUUGUAUAUUUUGUUUUGUUGCUUUUUGCGCUAUUGCUCUGUCUGCGUGCUACGUGUUGCUUGUUCUAUGUUGCUCUGUCUGCGUGCUACGUGUUGCUUGUUCUAUGUUGCUCUGUCUGCGUGCUACGUGUUGCUUGUUCUAUGUUUCUCUGUCUGCGUGCUACGUGUUGCUUGUUCUAUGUUGCUCUGUCUGCGUGCUACAUGUUGCUUGUUCUAUGUUUCUCUGUCUGCGUGCUACGUGUUGCUUGUUCUAUGUUGCUCGUUGUCUGCGUGCUAGUGGGGGGGGCGUGUUGCUUGUUAUAUGGUUGCUCUGUCUGCGGCUACGUGGUUGCUUGUUCUAUGUUGCUCUGUCUGCGUGCUACGUGUUGCUUUUCUAUGUUGCUCUGUCUGCGUGCUACGUGUUGCUUGUUCUAUGUUGCUCUGUCUGCGUGCUAUGUGUUGCUUGUUCUAUGUUGCUCUGUCUGCGUGCUACGUGUUGCUUGUUCUAUGUUGCUCUGUCGGCGUUGCUACGUGUGCUUGUCUAGUUCUCUGUUCUGCGUGCUAAGUGUUGCUUGUUCUAUGUUUUCUCUGUCUGCGUGCUACGUUUGCUUGUUCUAUGUUUCUCUGUCUGUGUGCUACGUGUUGCUUGUUCUAUGUUGCUCUGUCUGCGUGCUACGUGUUGCUUGUUCUAUGUUGCUCUGUCUGCGUGCUACGUGUUGCUUGUUCUAUGUUGCUCUGUCUGCGUGCUACGUGUUGCUUGUUCUUGUUUCUCUGGUCUGCGUGGCUAACGUGUUGCUUGUUCUAUGUUGCUCGUUUGGUGCUACAUGUUGCUCCGUCUGCGUGCUACGUGUUGCGUUGUUCUAGUCUUUCUCUGUCUGCGUGCUUACGUGUUGGCUUGUUCUAUGUUUACUUUGUCUGCGUGCUACGAUGUUGCUUGUUCUUAUGUUUGCUCUGUCUGUGUGCUACGUGUUGCUUGUUCUAUGUCACUCUGUCUGUGUGCUACGUGUUGCUUGUUCUAUGUUGCUCUGUCUGCGUGCUACGUGUUGCUUGUUCUAUGUUUCUCUGUCUGCAUAAAAAUAAACUCAAACUCAAAUUUUGGUAAGCACUAAGCCUAUUUGUUCAAUUCAAUCUUUCAGUAAGCACUAGGCGUAAUGGUUCAAUUCAAUCUUUCAGUGCAAAGGAAGGAGUAUUCUGAAACAAUCAACAAACAACCAGAUAGCUUCCAUAGAACAGGAGUCAUGUCUCCCUUUAACUCUGCUUAACAGCACCUGUUCACAUUCUAUUCUAGCACCUGUUCACAUUCUAUUCUAGCACCUGUUCACAUUCUAUUCUAGCACCUGUUCACAUUCUAUUCUAGCACCUGUUCACAUUCUAUUCUAGCACCUGUUCACAUUCUAUUCUAGCACCUGUUCACAUUCUAUUCUAGCACCUGUUCACAUUCUAUUCUAGCACCUGUUCACAUUCUAUUCUAGCACCUGUUCACAUUCUAUUCUAGCACCUGUUCACAUUCUAUUCUAGCACCUGUUCACAUUAUAUUCUAGCACCUGUUCACAUUCUAUUCUAGCACCUGUUCACAUUCUAUUCUAGCACCUGUUCACAUUCUAUUCUAGCACCUGUUCACAUUCUAUUCUAGCACCUGUUCACAUUCUAUUCUAGCACCUGUUUACAUUCUAUUUUAGCACCUGUUCACAUUCUAUUCUAGCACCUGUUCACAUUCUAUUCUAGCACCUGUUCACAUUCUAUUCUAGCACCUGUUCACAUUCUAUUUUAGCACCUGUUCACAUUCUAUUCUAGCACCUGUUCACAUUCUAUUCUAGCACCUGUUCACAUUCUAUUCUAGCACCUGUUCACAUUCUAUUCUAGCACCUGUUUACAUUCUAUUCUAGCACCUGUUCACAUUCUAUUCUAGCACCUGUUCACAUUCUAUUCUAGCACCUGUUCACAUUCUAUUCUAGCACCUGUUCACAUUCUAUUCUAGCACCUGUUCACAUUCUAUUCUAGCACCUGUUCACAUUCUAUUCUAGCACCUGUUCACAUUCUAUUCUAGCACCUGUUCACAUUCUAUUCUAGCACCUGUUCACAUUCUAUUCUAGCACCUGUUCACAUUCUAUUCUAGCACCUGUUCACAUUCUAUUCUAGCACCUGUUCACAUUCUAUUCUAGCACCUGUUCACAUUCUAUUCUAGCACCUGUUCACAUUCUAUUCUAGCACCUGUUUACAUUCUAUUCUAGCACCUGUUCACAUUCUAUUCUAGCACCUGUUCACAUUCUAUUCUAGCACCUGUUUACAUUCUAUUCUAGCACCUGUUCACAUUCUAUUCUAGCACCUGUUUACGUGUGACUUGGACGGCCAGGAGGUGCGUAGCCUGGAUGACUGUGUGGCCAGGCUGCAGAGACUGCAGGCUAAGGGCCGGGUCUGGGGACAGGAGAUGAUCCUGGAGGUCCAGGGAGGAUACCUGCAGCUCAACGACAUCGAGACCAAGGUUGUCAACUGUCUCUAGACGAUGUACAAUGUAUCAAAAUGUAUCUCUUGUUUGUAUAUGGAGACCCAAGGUACUGUCUCUGUAAUAGAUGUGUUGUCAGUAACAGACACGACAGUCUGUUGUACGCCUGUGUCUGUAUUGUUCCUGUCUGUGUCGAAUGCUGGUGACAAACAACAUUUAUACUGUGGAGAUCAAAGUUCAGUUCAGUUAUUCUUAUGUGUGGUACAGAGGCGGGCGGGUGUGUGGGUUUGGAAUACCAUAAUGAUGCAAAUUAGAAAUACAGUGGUAUUGGGUAUUGUAUAACUUGUAUUAGCUUGACUUCAUCUGUGUCCAGGCAAUCUUAUGAAGUCACGCUGUGUCUCUUUUGCCACGUUCACAAGUCGGAACUAGGAAACUCUGAUGUUGCCGACUUGUUAACGAACUGGUUGGAGUUAUACACGUGCCGUGUUCAACCAGUUAGCAAGUCGGAAAUGUCAGAGUUCCGACUAGCACGUGAACGCGGCAUGAGUUCUCUCUACAGGCAGAGCUGGAGUAUGUGCCUUUGGGAAGUGUAGUUCAGACCAAGGCCGUGUUGGACACCUGUGCCUACAACUCCCUGCUCACCUUCUCCCUACCCCUCUGUUCUCUCUACAGACAGAGCUGGAGUCUGUGCCUCUGGGAAGUGUAGUUCAGACCAAGGCCGUGUUGGACACCUGUGCCUACAACUCCCUGCUCACCGUUAUGGUCCAGGAACGCAACAGACGCAUCGCUCAAGUCUUCAUGUUUCAGUGUGAGGAGGUCAGGGUGAGUGAGACAGAUUUCACCACCCUAACAUCACUGUACAUGGACAAGUUACACAUUUCACCAUAACCUCAGCUAAUACCGACAAGUUAAACAGAUGCCUUUUCUUUCAGGUAGAGAUGUGAAGUGUGUUUCACCCCACUGUCUGACUCUGGGGAAACAUCAGUGAACGAUUGGAUAUAGUAUUUCUUAACCUUUUGGUAGGAGAAUAUCUUGGAUAGUCAUAGCUGGAAUUAGGAAAAAGUAACUCGGAAUUCACCACUGUGAAAGUAGCAGGAAUCCAGCUCAUAGUACCCUUUAUGUAUUUAUUAAUGUCAAAACGAUUUCACAUUGGGAACUGUGCUCCCAUGAGUUCCUCCUCAACCCAUAUUCCAGCCCUGGGUGUAGGGAUGUAGUGUAUGAGGUAUCCUGAGCCAGAUUGGUUAUGUUUGUUCCUCUGGGCAGAACCCAUCAGAGACCUGGACAGGGCUGUCCAACACAAUGCUAACACUCCACCUGGUGUCACCUAGCAGUGUCUUAAUGAGACUAACCUGUAGAAAUAGGAGAUUGUUCUGUCUGUUCUUCUAGGCAGAGCACAUCAGAGAAGACCUGGACAAGGCUGUUCAACACAACGCCAACGCUCCUCCUCCUGAACCUCGCAGAGAACCAAGCAGACACCAGUACGACAUCAGAACACGCACACACACACACACGCACACACAUGCACACACACACGCACACACGCACGCACACACGCACGCACACACACACACACGCACCUCUUGAACCUCUCUCUUUUUCAGGAGUAAUCCUCCUCCUCCCAUGAUGCUGCAGGAGAGGACCCCCCCUCCCCCUGACCGUCCCGCCCUGCUGUACAACGACAGGAACAGCAGGGAGAAUGGUCAGUCUUUAGCUCUGUCUUGAAAGUGUACAAGGCGUCAAAUAUUUGAUUCCUCCUGUCCUUGAUUCCUCCUGUCCUUGAUUCCUCCUGUCCUUGAUUCCUCCUGUCCUUGAUUCCUCCUGUCCUUGAUUCCUCCUGUCCUUGAUUCCUCCUGUCCUUGAUUCCUCCUGUCCUUGAUUCCUCCUGUCCUUGAUUCCUCCUGUCCUUGAUUUCUCCUGUCCUUGAUUCCUCCUGUCCUUGAUUUCUCCUGUCCUUGAUUCCUCAAUUCCUUGACUCCCUUUCAUAGUGCAUUAAAGGAGAGGUGCCAAGGUCCCUCCCUUCGAACCUUCUCCUCCAAUGAGUUUUGAGAAUGGCUGCAAGGAAUUUCCUUUAUGCUUUACUGCAAAAAUUGAGUUGAAUGCCUAAGGUUGAGAUCUGUCUUCAUCCGUGUGUGUUUCCAGAGAGCUUUCCUCUGCCUCCAGUCUUCAGCCCACCACAGCAGCCACUGUACGGUCAGGAGAUGUACGGAGGGUCACAGCAGUACGGAGCUAGAGACCAAGAGCCCCCCCACCCUCAAUACACUGACACACAGAGGAGUGUGGUCAGUACUGUGUCUGUUGCCUAACACAACACCCUAACCAUAACCCCUUACCCCCAACCCCAGCCUCACCCCCAACCCCAGCCUCACCCCCAACCCCAGCCUCACCCCCAACCCCAGCCCCACACCUGGCCCCAGCCUCACCCCCCAGACCCAGCAUCACCCCCAGAUCCAGCCUCACCCUUCACCCCCAGCCUCACCCCCCAACCCCACACCUGUCCCCAGCCUCACCCCCAACCCCAACCCCAGCCUCACCCCCAACCCCAGCCUAACCCCCAACCCCAGCCUAACCCCCAACCCCAGCCUAACCCCCAACCCCAGCCUCACCCCCAACCCCAGCCCCACACCUGCCCCCAGCCUCACCCCCAGACCCAGCAUCACCCCCAGAUCCAGCCUCACCCUUCACCCCCAGUCUCACCCCCCAACCCCACACCUGUCCCCAGCCUCACCCCCAGACCCAGCCUCACCCCCAGAUCCAGCUUCAUCCUCACCCCCAGCCUCACCCCCAACCCCAGCCUCACCCCCAGACCCAGCCUCACCCCCAACCCCAGCUUCAUCCUCACCCCCAGCCUCACCCCCAACCCCAGCCUCACCCCCAACCCCAGCCCCUAGCCUGUUACACCAGAUUUUAAGUGCAUUGUUCCGUCUGGUUUAACCAGGCUAUCUGUUCCCCAACGCAACAUACAGCAGUUGUAUUUCAGACAAUAUCCCCCAAUUUUGUAGCCUGGAAUCUGUAGUGGAUAUUGCUCCAUUUCACUGUCAGUGAAGUGAAGGAAAUAUUCUGUUUGGAUUCCCGGCUACCCAUUUUAGGGUACAUUUAAAAGUGUGUUUCUCAGUCAUUCGAUGUGCUUUAGAAUAGCUCCUUCUUCCAUUAUUUGUCUGUGUAGGACAUUUUAAACCAUGUGCUGAAUGACUUGGAGUUGUUCAUUGAGAAAGUAUCAGCUGCCGUUCCUAAUGAAGACAAGAACAAGGACAAGAAGAAGAAGAAGAAGAAAAGCUCAAAGCAAAACGGUGAUUUCAGUCAAAUUAUCUCCAAUCAGUGUGGGAAACACUGGUGCCAGAUAUGUUUGUGCUCUUGCCAACUCCAUUACGCUAAAUGUCAAGCCAAACAUGACAGUGAGUUACAAGGAGUUAGCACAAACAUACUGGCACUCAGGCCAGGAAACACUAGGGUAAAGGACUGAUGCUCUGCAGAAAUAUUUAUAACUGAUUUGGGUUUUCUAUACUGGGAAAUAAUCAUUUGACUCUUUUCUCUAGCUGUCAACUUGCCACAUUGGGAGGAGUUUGUCGCCUGUCUUCAGAAAAUCAAGUAUGGAUUCAACCUACUGGUAUGUUUCCCUCCUAUAAGAAAUCAGAAGAUGGCAGAUGUUGACUUGAACUAAGUGUUGACUUAAUUCACCUCAGGUUUUCUAUAAUUGCAUAUAAUUAAUCAGAAAUGAAUGGUAUUUUCAUAUUACCUGAAAAUACAGUAUGCUGUUGAAUUACUCUGUAUAACUCAGGGGUUUAGAUUCCUGGGGUGAGUUUAGGAAACCCUGCUUUAUAGUACCGAUUGCAACACAGCCCAUUAUCGCUGAACUUAUCUUCCUGUGUUAAUCGGAAUGUGUGCCUCAUUGGUUCUUGUGCUGGGUAAGCUCUGUCGUCAUCGGUCCUUUUCUGUUACAGGGGAAACUGAAUGGAGAGAUCCAGAACCCUAGCGCUGCUGACUUUGUCCACAUUCUCUUCUCCAAUCUGGGCAUGGUGAGCGUCUUGUCUUGUUUUGGUAAAAAGCUGAGGGAUGGGCCUGGAGAAAUGUAACCACUCUCAGAUUAAUAGACAUUUGAAUAAUAGACAGUUGAACUAAGGUAAUGACGCAUUUAUAAGUUAUAUUCUUUAAGAAUCAAUGGGUAUAUGUUAUUAAUUUAUAUAAGAUCCAAAAAUGGAUGUAGGAUUCUAGCUUCAAUAUAUGUCCGGUAAACCUGUCCCACAGCGUUUAGAUAUUUGGAUGACCCAUUCCCUCUCUCCUGUCAUUGUCUCUAUUCCAGUUAAUGUCCCACUACCCUCCCGACCUGCCCACCUCUGUCCUGAUCCCCCUGCUGACAGAGCCAGCCCUCAUCCUGCUCAGCCUGGUGGUCACCCCAGAGGAGGACAAGCAAUGGAGGGCCCUGGGAGACGCCUGGAACAUCCCCAGGUAAAAGAUCCUUAGUACCCCAUAACCACUUCCUGAGUUCCCCUCCCUAUUCCCCCCUCCUAACUCCCACAACCAGCUCUGGUAGACAGCUGGAACAUACCCAGGAUCCCCUUUAACAACCCCUCCGUUUUCCUAAGUGGGCUCUAUUCCAACCCUAAGUAUCACCUAUCCCUUUCCUUAGUACCUCGACACAAACAAACAAACUAACGCCCCGUGUAGCUCAGUUGGUAGAGCAUGGCGCUUGCAACGCCAGGGUUGUUGGUUCGAUUCCCACGGGGGGCCAGCAUGAAAGAAUACAAUAAUGUAUGCACUCACUAACCGUAAGUCGCUCUGGAUAAGAGCGUCUGCUAAAUGAUUAAAAUGUAAAUGUAACUAGGUACCCCUAUCCCUUUCCUUAGUACCCCUAACCUCUAACUAACUGGACCAGCUGUGAAGGGUCCUGGGUGACAGCUUGGACACCCCUUCAUAUUAGUGGAAUCGGCUAUUUCAGCCACACCUGUUGCUGACAGGUGUAUAGAAUCAAGCACACAGCCAUGCAAUCUCCAUAGACAAACAUUGGCAGUAGAAUGGCCUUUACUGAAGAGCUCAGUGACUUUCAAUGUGGCACCGUCAUUAGGAUGCCACCUUUCCAACAAGUCAAUUCGUAAAAUUUCUGCCCUGCCAGAGCUGCCCCGGUCAACUGUAAGUGCUGUUAUUGUGAAGUGGAAACGUCUAGGAGCAACAACGGCUCAGUCGGGAAGUGGUAGGCCACACAAGCUCACAGAACGGGACCGCCGAGUGCUGAAGCGCGUAGCGCGUAAAAGUUGUCUGUCCUCGGUUGAAACAUUCCAAACUGCCUCUGGAAGCAACGUCAGCACAAGAACUGUUCAUCGGGAGCUUCAUGAAAUAGGUUUCCAUGGCCGAGCAGCCGCACACAAGCCUAAGAUCACCAUAUGCAAUGCCAAGCAUCGGCUAGAGUGGUGUAAAGCUCGCCGCCAUUGGACUCUGGAGCAGUGGAAAUGCUUUCCCUGGAGUGAUGAAUUACACUUCACCAUCUGGCAGUCCGACGGACGAAUCUGGGUUUGGCGGAUGCCAGGAGAACGCUACCUGCUCAAAUACAUAGUGCCAACUGUAAGUUCGGUGGAGGAGGAAUAAUGGUCUGGGGCUGUUUUUCAUGGUUCGGGCUAGGCCCCUUAGUUCCAGUGAAGGGAAAUCUUAACGCUAUGGCAUACAAUGACAUUCUAGACGAUCUGGCUUCCAACUUUGUGGCAACAGUUUGGGGAAGGCCCUUUCCUGUUUCAGCAAAACAAUGCCCCCGUGCACAAAGCGAGGUCCAUACAGAAAUGGUUUGUCGAGUUCGGUGUGGAAGAACUUGACUGGCCUGCACAGAGCCCUGACCUCAACCUCAUCGAACAACUUUGGGAUGAAUUGGAACUCCGACUACGAGCCAGGCCUAAUCGCCCAACAUCAGUGCCUGACCUCACUAAUGCUCUUGUGGCUGAAUGGAAGCAAGUCCCCGCAGCAAUGUUCCAACAUCUAGUGGAAAGCCUUCCCAGAAGAGUGGAGGCUGUUAUAGCAGCAAAGGGGGGACCAACUCCAUAUUAAUGCCCAUGAUUUUGGAACGAGAUGUUCGAUGAGCAGGUGUCCACAUACUUUUGGUCAUGUACUGUAUGUGGGUUGGUUUACUUGUUAGGUACUGUAUAUAACCAGACCUGGGUUUAAUUAGUAUCCACUUUCUAUCAGACCUGGGUUGAAAUAGUAUUUGAUUGAACCUGCCUGUUUUGCAACUAGCCAGCGAGGUGUUCAUUGGUUUCCUGUGUUUGUUGUACCAGGUCUAACUGGCCAGACAGUCACAUGCUACCGCCCUACAACCCAGAGUUCUAUGAUGGUUGGCUCCCACCCAAGCCUGUCCCACCGGCAGCCAAUCAGGGCCUGAGGAGUAGCAACAGCCAGCACAUCCCCCCCAGAGAGGAAAUGAUGCAACAGAUGCCUGAUGAGGUAACAGAAAUCAUGACAUCAAACAACAAAAUCUAAUAAAAUGCCAUAUGGAUUUCAAUUAUUUGUUAAAGCAGUGAAGGUCUCGAAUCCUAAUUUGAGAUACAGUAUUUGCAUUUAACUCAGAUUUUUGCACCAAGUUAUGUAAACUUAUAUAAAAUUAGGAUUCAGCCAUAAGAAGCAAUGUUAUAUAUCAUUAUCUCAUGGUAAUCCCUCUGUCCUGUGUCCUCUGUCCUGUGUCCUCUGUCCUGUGUUCUCUGUCUUGUGUCCUCUGUCCUCUGUUCUCUGUCCUCUGUCCUCUGUCCUCUGUCCUCUGUUCUCUAUCCUCUGUCCUCUGUUCUCUGUCCUCUGUUCUCUGUCCUCUGUUCUCUGUCCUCUGUCCUGUGUUCUCUGUCCUCUGUCCUCUGUUCUCUGUCAUCUGUCCUGUGUUCUCUAUCCUCUGUCCUCUGUUCUCUGUCCUCUGUUCUCUGUCCUCUGUUCUCUGUCCUCUGUUCUCUGUCAUCUGUCCUGUGUUCUCUGUCAUGUGUCCUCUGUCCUCUGUCCUCUGUCCUCCAUCUUAUUACAUUAUGUUUCUCAUUGCUUUAUUGUCAUGACUGUCACAGCCCAUGAUGAAUUCUCCACCACCUUCACGGUAAGCUACAUCAUCACCCAAAGCAGCUAUACUGUUUUGAUGAUGAUAUCCUCAGUAAUUCAAUAAUGGGUAAAAGGAUUGUAUUCCUUUUUGUCAUUGGCCCUUUGCUUUGCUAUUACAUUGUCAUGCAACGCUAUUAAGUUCCUAUAACAUUGCUAUUACAUUGCUGUUACAUUAUGUUUCUCUGUCUCCUCUGCAGCCCCAGUGAGCUGGCCCCAGAUAGGAUGUGUGUGAUCUAUGACUUUAUGGCCAGGAACCCCCAGGAGCUGAGCAUUUUGAAGGGAGAGGUGGUCCAGGUGUGUUAGGGUUGGGGUUGGGGUUGAACCACCAGGUGGGUGUCUGACUGAACAUUAUGGAGGGAGAGGUGAUCCAGGUGGUGUGUCUGAAUGAACAUUAUGGAGGGAGAGGUGAUCCAGGUGGUGUGUCUGAAUGAACAUUAUGGAGGGAGAGGUGAUCCAGGUGGUGUGUCUGAAUGAACAUUAUGGAGGGAGAGAUGAUCCAGGUGGUGUGUCUGAAUGAACAUUAUGGAGGGAGAGGUGAUCCAGGUGGUGUGUCUGAAUGAACAUUAUGGAGGGAGAGGUGAUCCAGGUGGUGUGUCUGAAUGAACAUUAUGGAGGGAGAGGUGAUCCAGGUGGGUGUCUGAAUGAACAUUAUGGAGGGAGAGGUGAUCCAGGUGGGUGUCUGACUGAACAUUAUGGAGGGAGAGGUGAUCCAGGUGGGUGUCUGAUUAAGCCCAUGGCUCCUUUAAGGAACACAGGCCAUUGACAAAUGUCUUCCAUCUCACUGUUGAAUAUGGAUUUAAAAAAUAAUAGCAGUGAAUGUCAACCAAACCAGAAUCAAAAUAACACAAUAGAAAUAAAUGGUUAGGAAAAUAUAUCUGUGAAAAUAAACGUAUUGUUGAUCUAAAUAAGUGAUUUUAAGUUGUUAAUUGCAUUUGUGUGUUUCUAGGUCGUUGACAAGUCGGGGCAGUGGUGGAGGGUCCGUAAUGAACGUGGUGAGGAGGGUCAUGUUGCUAAGAACGUUCUAGAGCCUCUGGAUGGAGGGGAACCCUGGGGUGAGGGCCAGAAGAUGCGCUCCCCUCCACCCCUCAACAUGCAGUCCAGACCUGCAGACGUGAAAGCCUGGCUGGAGUACAAGGCCUUCUCCAAAAUGUAAGACAUUACAUGGACAACAAACUAUUAUCUUUCCUCCUUGGGGGCUCUGCUUACCAGCACUGUAAAACGGACUCAGGGACCGGUCAGCAACAUGUCACGGACCACCGCAGGUCCACAGACACCUCAGGUCCACAGACCGGAGGUUGGGAAACAUUGUGCUAAAUAAACUUUUUGCUGUGUUGUGGUGUUUUAUAUGCUUAUGAAGGCUUUAUGUUGUCAUUAGAACGGUUCGUAGCCUGAGCGUGCUGAAUGGAGCCCUGCUUCUGGGGAUGACCAGAGAUGAUAUGAAGAUGGUGUGUCCAGAGGAGGGAGGAAGAGUCUUCUUCCAGCUGCAGGCCAUCAAGUCCUCCAUAGCCGUGAGUAACAGUAGCAUUCACGCACACGCACACGCACACAACUCAGAUCAAGCAACCUGAAGUUAUAGCUAUCUGCUAAGAGUUUGGGUGCAUUUCUACCACUGACAAAUUCAAGCUGAAUGAAAUGCAUUGUCUGUGGAAUAGAGAUAAACCACCAGGCUUCUUUUCUCUCAUUGUCUGCAGCUUGCCAGUGAGUCCAAUGGAUACGGCCCUUACAACGGUCGUUAGACUGACCUGUCACCAAUAACAACCAAGAGCCUACCGGAGGAGAAGAAUAACUCAACUAUUUAACUUUCAUUUAAUCAUAUUUGUUUUGUCCAUUCUUAGACAGGUUGGUUGUUUAGCAACAAAACUGAUGCGUGCAUAACUAUGGGUCAAAACAGACGGGAUUGGUUUUGACUGUUGACAACAUGUCAACUAUAUUUUGUCUCCAAAUGUUUAUUGAAAACAUUAAUAAAUAUAUCUUUGAACUUCCAAGAUCAUUUCAGACA